ACGUCAUUGGAUUUCACUUAGAUCUUGUGAUGACAGCCUCUUCGCAAAACUCAUGCUUAAAUAGCUUCGAUAUUCGCAAACCAAGUGCGGAUUCUGCUAAAGAAGGUCCAAGUGGUUCCUCUCGACAACCAGCUUUCAAUGCAUAUCCCCUCGAAUCUUCACCUAAUUUACUUAUCCCAACAAAUGAUGUGAUAUACAUGCCAUUAAAUCCCACAAAUGUGCCUUUGUCGCUUCAACGUGCAUGUGCCUCCAAUGAGACUGUAGGCGAUGAUACACAGAGUUACAGUCAUCCAAUAUGCCAUGGCUUCAUUUUUCCAAACUCAGAAAUAAACAUUCCGAGUAUGCAGAACCAUAUCAAUGAUGUCCCUUACAAUAUGCAGAGCCAGAGUUCGAGCAACGUGGACACAAGUGCUCAAAAACAUCUUCAACUCCUGUUGCUCCAAAAGUUAAUUGAGUUGCAGCUUGCCGAACAUUAUAACUCAAUUAAAGACACACUAAUAUUAACUAAAGACUCCAAUAAUGAGUCUCAAAACCCCAACUUACUGCCAUGUUUUGUCAAAAACUCUGACUUUGAUGCAAGUUCCAACCCAGUUUCAACUGUAAAUAACGAGAACUCAGAUAUGUCGACAUUUUUGGUCCCUGUUAAAGCCAAGUUUGAGGGCGAAAGUGGUCUGUCUUUACACAUAACUCCAAAUGACGAAAUCAGUAAUCCAACCCAAGGAAGUCCAGUUACCGUAGCAUACACGAGUCAACCCAUCGUCUUAUAUCCAUUUUCUGUUCAACAAGAUAAUUCUACGGAAAAUACAUUCCCAGCCAGCCAAGCCGUGCCUGAUGCGCCCCCAGGUGGACCAACUGCUCAAACAUUUACGAUGAAGGACAUAGAUCACUGUAUACGGAGGGGCUCUCUGGAAUUCCCUUCUGAGCCAAGCAAUGACAUAGUUGAGAGUAUACGAGGUCGUACGAGACCAGGGUUUGUAUUGUUAAGCGUUCGGCAUGAAAAAAUCAACGCAGAAAAUAAGAUUUCACCAACUUCUGAGAAACAUUUCCAGGGGAGUCAUCCUCCUAUUUCAACAUCAGCCAGUCUUGAAACAAAGAAGUCAAAAAGUGUCACUAUGUCUAAAAAACUACCUAGAAAGAGGUUGAAGCAUAUGAAAAGCGAUGCAGAACUCAAAAAGCGACCCCUAAGAGGUUCGUCUAAAUCUCUCCUAAAACACUCUGAAAACGCUGAAAUGUCUCCGACUCCGGUAGAACUUACGGAGGAUGAUCUUAAAGCUUUAUCUCCACAGUCAAGAUUUCGAGUAACCAGGUUCGCAGACAAAAAGCAAGCCUGGAUAGCUCCUGCAAAGGCAGGAUUCACUGUCCAUGAUUUAUGGACAACUAAACUUCCGGAAUAUGUGUUAAGAUGUGCCGAGCACUUAAAACUAUCAGGCUCUGGUUUAAACUUACACCAUGAAAAACUUGCUGAAAUCCCAUAUUCGUUGGACGACAUUAUAAACGGACAUUGUUUGGCCUGCGAGAAGUCACCUCAAAAAGAGAAUUCAGCGAAGACAAUUUUCCUUUCGAUGAAAUCAUUUACUCAAGCUGUACAUUCGUAUAUAUAGUUAUAUGGAAAAUGUAUGUCUAUUGGAGGAUAGAAAAAUCUGCAUCACAAAAAUGGAUUCGAGGAUAAAUAACAAAUGGGGUAAGGAAGAAAAUCGUUUAUUGGGUCAGAUAAUAGUUCAAUUGACAAAUAUGAAGAAAAGAGACAAACACAAAUGUCAUAAUAAUAGACUUCUUUGGCCCCAAUUCCCUUAAUGGCUAAACCAUGUAGUUGUUGUAUGGAACAGAAAUUCGCUCAAUAGAAUUAAUUGAAUUACCGAGUUUAUUUAAAAAUCUAUAAAUAAUUAAUUAUCUAUUUCUUAAUUUCAUUAAUAUUUAAAUAAUAUUCCCUAAGUAUUUUAUUAUUUUACUCCAUUGGUUACAUGAAAUAUGCAUAGUGAUUAGAUAUAUAUCACUGUGUUCUAUUAUGCAAUCAAUGAAAAUAUUUUAAAAAGUGUAUUUUGUAUUUGUUGUUUGUUUCCAAUACAAACAUGUUAUAAUCAACGUGAGAAUAAAAACAUUCAAUUAUCCAAUUAAAUAAAC